ACACUGCCGAUUUUCCCUGAGAUGGCGAAGAAAGCCUUAAGGUUUUACCUUAAAGAGGUUUUAAAUGUAUUUUGUUAAUAUAGAAUUAAGUGCGUCUCUUUAUUCUCUUAUGCUGACAAAUGUCUUUACAGCCUGAUGAAGGGAUGUCCAGCAGGAGGAGGAGACCUAACUGGACGGAGCAGGAAUCUCUUCUUCUUGCUCAGUUAAUGCAGGAAAGAAAGCACAUUAUCAGAGGGAGGUACAACACUGGAGUAUCGGUCCAAGACAAGAAACACGCCUGGGAAGAGAUAGUUCAAACUGUCAAUGCUGCCUUUCCACAAGUUCAGCGAACGGUUUCAGAUUGUAGCAAAAAAUGGGAAAACCUGCUGGCAAAGGCAAGGGAGGAGAUCAAACGCCAGAAAAAGCAGGGAGUUACAGGUGAGCCGCUUUCUAUCGAACAGUUAAGUGCAGUGACUCAAAUAGCCAUUUCUGUGAUGAACCUCUCAGAUAUGCUGCAGCAGGACAAAGAGGACUCUUACGUCUCGGAAAUGAUGCAAACUCAGCAAAAUAGUUGUGAUGAUGAAAAUGAUCUGGCAAUAAAUGGAAACUUCCCAAACAAGCAAGAGGAAACAGAGCAAACAUCUCUUACGGAGCAAAAGUUGACAUUAACAAAUGUCUCUAACUCACUCACAGUGGGAUUUAAUGUUCCUCAUGGCGCUACCUUCACCGGCUCAGGAGAACACCUGGAAACUCCCCGCUCCGCUCCUCCAUCAGCACAGUGCACAACACUGCAGGAGCGAGCAGAUUUGGAAAUGUCUGUUCUGAGACGACAGGAGGCAGUUCUCAAGCUUCAGCAGGAGUAUUACACACUUAAGAUUAGGCUGUUGAAGAGACAAAUAGAAGAAUCAACUCAAAAGGACUGAAGUGGUCAUACACGUAAAUGACUAUCGAAAAAUUCCAGUAUCUAUAAUAUGUGUUGGCAUAAAUAAUUAAUGUCCUAGUGACUAAUGUUGAGUUCAACAUUUAUAGUUUAUGGCUUUCAAACAGGACUCAGGACUUUGAUGCAGCAAUGCAACACCGUCCUCUUCUCCCCAUUACUUUAUCAUGACCUGUCCAUAUUCAAAUAGGAUGUGAUGUCAUGAUGUCUUCAACAUUUUAGCUUUCUCUGAGUUUCACUUCUACACUUUUUUAGUGAUUGCCCAAUUGCAACUUUUAUUUUGCUUUGAACAAAUGUGUUUUUUCCUUUGUAUAAAGGCUCACUACCCAGAUAUAAAAGUGUAGUGGCUAUAAAUUACUGGGCUUGUCAGUUUAACGAUAAUCUGACUUAAAUAAAAAAAUACAGUGCUGCUUGUGAAUUAUUUCAAAUCCGACUGAGAUCUAUUAUUGUUCUAUUUACUCUUCAGGACUAAUUUGGAAACUAAAUAUCUGACACGUUUAAACGUAUCUGUUCAGCAUAAAUCUUAAAACUCAUGCCAAUGUAAGCAAAGCUAAAAUUCUGUCUUGCAGGCAACUUUAGUAAUUGGUGUGCGAUAUUUCUCAUAAAUGUGUUUAUUUGUAAGUGACUGGUGUUGGCACCAAGAUGUAAGCUGUGGGGCCCCGGCGUGUUGAAUAAAAGCCUGUUAUUUGCU